AUGCUUUUUGGACUGGCCGCCCAUGUUUCUCGGAUUGCCCCGCCUAUUGCUCCGCCUACUCAAGGAGGUGCCGAAAUGGGCGAAGAAAGUCACACGGUGGGAGGUGGAGAUGCCUUAUCUGCUGCGGUUGAUGAUCUGUGCCCUCGUGCUCACCUUCACCGUCGUCGACGUCGUCCAUUCGUCACCUCAACGACGAUUUUGUGGCAAACACCUCACCAAAAGGUUAAUUGA